AAGGCGCCGUGGAAACCACGAGUUCCAUUGGCAACAUGGGAAACCUGGUGGCCAAGUGUAGAGCUCUCUCACACAAACCCAUGCGGCCAACUUGCAGACCCUCGAGUCAUUUGGACUCUUCCAAGCUCACCAGCCGUAGGGUUUUUUGACAAGAGGGACCUCCAGUAAACGUUAAACAAACUCGCAGCUCCCACCUUUGGAUCCAUUCCAUCGCUUCAACGGUGGGUUAGAAGCCUCCGCGCCAAAUGCACGAGUGCUCAACAGCACGCUCCCCUAAUUUUUCUCUCUCCACCUCCUCACUUCUCUAUAUAUAAUCCUCUCUUUGGUGAACCACCAUCAACCAAACCAACGGUAUAGUAUACGUAGGAAAUAAUCCCUUUCUAGAACAUGACUCUCAUGAAGAAAUCUCCUCCCUCUACUCCUCUCCCACCAAUAUCGCCUUCCUCUUCCGCUUCACCAUCCAGCUAUGCACCCCUUUCUUCUCCUAAUAUGAUCCCUCUUAACAAGUGCAAGAAGUCGAAGCCAAAACAUAAGAAAGCUAAGAACUCAGAUGAAAGCAGUAGGAGAAGAAGCUCUAUCUACAGAGGAGUCACGAGGCACCGAGGGACUGGGAGAUAUGAAGCUCACCUGUGGGACAAGCACUGGCAGCAUCCGGUCCAGAACAAGAAAGGCAGGCAAGUUUACUUGGGAGCCUUUACUGAUGAGUUGGACGCAGCACGAGCUCAUGACUUGGCUGCCCUUAAGCUCUGGGGUCCAGAGACAAUUUUAAACUUCCCUGUGGAAAUGUAUAGAGAAGAGUACAAGGAGAUGCAAACCAUGUCAAAGGAAGAGGUGCUGGCUUCGGUUAGGCGCAGGAGCAACGGCUUUGCCAGGGGUACCUCUAAGUACCGUGGGGUGGCCAGGCAUCACAAAAACGGCCGGUGGGAGGCCAGGCUUAGCCAGGACGUUGGCUGCAAGUACAUCUACUUGGGAACAUACGCAACUCAAGAGGAGGCUGCCCAAGCUUAUGAUUUAGCUGCUCUAGUACACAAAGGGCCAAAUAUAGUGACCAACUUUGCUAGCAGUGUCUAUAAGCAUCGCCUACAGCCAUUCAUGCAGCUAUUAGUGAAGCCUGAGACGGAGCCAGCACAAGAAGACCUGGGGGUUAUGCAAAUGGAAGCAACCGAGACAAUCGAUCAGACCAUGCCAAAUUACGACCUGCCGGAGAUCUCAUGGACCUUCGACAUAGACCAUGACUUAGGUGCAUAUCCUCUCCUUGAUGUCCCAAUUGAGGAUGAUCAACAUGACAUCUUGAAUGAUCUCAAUUUCGAGGGGAACAUUGAGCACCUCUUUGAAGAGUUUGAGACCUUCGGAGGCAAUGAGAGUGGAAGUGAUGGUUUCAGUGCAAGCAAAGGUGCCUAGCAGAGGAAAGUGGUUUGAAGAUGGAGGACAUGGCAUCUAAAGCGAACUGAGCCUCCUGGCCUCUUCAAAGUAGUGUCUGCUUUUUAGAAAUCUUGGUGGGUCGAUUUGAGUUAGGAGCCCGAUACUUCUAUCAGGGGAUAUGUUUAGCUACAAUUCUAGUUUUUUUUUCUUUUUUUUUUUUCAGCCGGAAGUCUGGUACUUCUGUUGAAUAUUAUGAUGUGCUUCUUGCUUAGUUGUUCCUGUUCUUCUCCCUUUUAGAGUUCAGCAUAUUUAUGUUUUGAUGUAAUGGGGAAUGUUGGCAGACAGCUUGAUAUAUGGUUAUUUCAUUCUCCA